AGUUUGAUCCGAAAGGGGCAGUUAGACGUUUGUUUCCUUGAGCCAACAGAGGAGAAACUUUGCAGGGAUGCCAGGCGCUACCUCAAUGCAGCUGGGCGAAGCACUCCAGCCGCGUUCUGACUGUUGCGGUUCGUGAAGAAUUCUGAAAUAAAACCUGGACCUUAUUUUCCACUCUCAAGGUUGGAGGGUGGAGUCUACAACACAGUUCCGAGUCAUUUUCGACUCCAAACGCUGUCUGCGUCUCUCAGAAGCAAAAAUAUUGAGGGUGCCAGAAAGGUGAAGGCAGUUUCGUCUCCUCUGACUGUUAGACCUCCGUUUGCUUGCUUCAACACAGCCGAACUGGCCAAAUGAACGAUCUACCUUAAACAGCGGGCUCCAGCCUGUUGCAAAUGAAGUGCGGCCAAUGGAGUUGAUGUAUCAGAUUUUGUUUAUCCAGAUGGCUGCAGCCACAGGGGCCGUGGCUCAGAGCAUUGAAGCUGCUGCUUUCGUGAUAGGGGUUGCCGGGGAGCAACUCAACCUGCCUUGCCUGUUCAUCCAUGAUGCUGCUAAACUCCACAUUGUACAGGCCACUUGGCUGAAGCACGUAGGCAGGGUGGACGAGAACAUCGCUGUGUACAACCCUCUCUUUGGGACGAGUUACCCCACCGUGUCUGGGAGGGUCAGGUUCCACAACGCCACAUCCAGCAAUUGUAAGCUGACCAUCGACCCUCUGGAACUGGAGGACGAGGGUGCUUACAGUUGUGAAUUCAAUGUCUUCCCUUCGGGGAAGUUCGAAUCUCAGACUAGACUCACCGUUCUAGCCAGGCCCGUCAGUACCGUCAGCGCCAUGCCAACAGAGACUGGGUUGGCCCAGGCACUGGUUGCCAAUUGCACCGCAGCCAAUGGGAAGCCUCCAGCCAACGUCACAUGGAUCGCACCAUUCCUGGGGAAGGUGACAUCAUCUCGGAGAGAAAAUCCGGACGGGACAGUGACUGUCUUCAGCCAGUACAGAAUGGUGCCCAGUAGGGAGGCCAAUGGGCAGAAUUUGACAUGUAUGGUGUCCCACAAUGCACUAGUGCAUCCACUAAGCUUACCUGUGACAUUAUCAGUCCGAUACCCACCAGAAGUGAGAAUUACUGGAUACGAUGGCAACUGGUACGCAAAGCGACAGAAAGUUAGCCUCAGGUGCCUCGCAGAAGCUAAUCCUCCAGCAAGAAGCUAUCACUGGACAAUGAGCGGAGGUUCUGUUCCCAAACACGCCCGCAUAGCAGGUGAUCACCUGAUCAUUGACCAAGUGGAUUAUUCUAUCAAUGGAACAUGGACAUGCGAAGCCACGAAUGAUCUUGGCAAGGGGAAAGGAGAGAUUGUAAUUGAAGUGAGAGAACCAGACUCGCCCCAUGGAGGCAAGUUCUUCACAUCCACAAUAGUGCUCAUUGUCACAGGAACCGUCAUAGGGGUCUUGAUCAUAAUGGUCUUUUUAGCCAUUGUGUUGGUGAAGAAAAGGCGACAAAUUGAGGACUGUGCAUCUAAAGCCAAGCUUUCUUCACGAAAGCGGAGCCAAAUUACCGUCUUCGCAACUCUCAACCUGAACGUGCUGGACGGCGCUAAUUCAUCGAAGAGGGAUGAUCGCGAAACAGAGGCGACAGUAAAUGCAGACGUUAACGUUAAUUAGAGAGAGCCUUCCUCUGUUGAUCGAAAUAAUGGUCUGAUCUGUUGUUGUAACCAGGUGCAAUUAAAAUCCAGACAAAAACUGGCUAGAAAUCUG